GCGGGAGUGGGGCGCGGGAAUGGAGGCUGUCCGAGGAGGGAAAAGCGCAAAGGGUAGAGGCAGCCAUGGCGGGGGGUGCGUGGGGCGACCAGCCCAUCCACGUGGAAAUUGGGCGGCGAUGGAACGUCACUGGUGUUAGUAGGCUGUGAGGCGGGAGAGAAAGGUCUGGGGCAGCGGAGAAGAGGGGAGAGAAUGGGGCCGGGGUCCGAGACGAGGUCCCACCGGGAGGGAGGCGGUGGGGGGAGGAACAAGAAGGAUGGUGAUGGCUGCAGCAAUGGCGGGGGAUUUCUGAGCGACAGCGAUGGCGGGAAGCUUAGGCUUUUUGUAGGCGGUCUGCCUAAGGAUAUCCGACCGGAAGAGUUGAGGGAACGGUUUUCUUCGUUCGGUGUGAUCACGGACGCUGUCGUCAUUCCCGAGAAGAGAACUUACCCUAUCCCUUUGUCUUCUCUGGUGUUCUCGGCAUCUCCAUCCACUCAAACUGCCUCGCUAAUUCGUCCAUGCGCGUCAACAGCAGCCGGCAUCCAUGGCCGUCAAGAGCCUUCAGCAGCCAUCGCCGCCGGAUCGUCCUCCCCUGCUGCAGAUGGCCAAGCGGCUUCCAGGGUCGAGACAGCUCUGUGCAGAGGCUUCGGGUAUGUUGAGCUGAAGCCCAAGAGCGAAGCGAGCCUUCGUCAAUGCUUCAGCUUAUUCAAUGGGUGCAAGUGGCGGGGUGGUCAGUUGAAGGUGGAGAAGGCAAAGGAACAUUAUACGGAUCGUCUCCUUCGCGAAUGGGAGGCUGCUGCGAAACUUGCUGCGGAGGAAGAGGCAAAGAGUGAAGGGAGCUUGCUAGCUGCGGCGAAGCAGGAAACAGUUGAGGAUGGAGGGUCAGCAGGCGUGACCGGGGAGUCGAACAAAUUGCGCCCAUUUCCGUUUAGUGACCCAAGCUUCAGCCAUAAGCUUGUGGAGCUCAAGCCUCUGAAAAUUGCAUGGCAUCAUUGUUCUAAGAAAUUGAAGGUUGUCCCUGCUGCAGGAGGUCCGGGCACAGGCAAGCACAGACGGAGCUUUCCUCGUGUUGAAGCACUGCCUUUGGAACAGAUCCUGGAAGAAGCGGCCAUGGGAGGGAAGCGCAGGAAAGUGGAGGAGCUGGCAGAGCUUGAUAAUGCCGGAGCAGCUCAUCAGAAUGAUGUGGAUAGUAGAGCAGGUAAUCGCAGAAGGGGAAAUGCUGCGAAGGUCACGCCAAGUGGAAGAGGGGCCAUGGAGGAUCCUGACAUGACGACCCCUGUAAGAAAGGGGCCUAUUGUGGGAUUUAAACGGGUGCGACUUGAUCAAGACACUGAAGACUGUGAUCAUCCAAGGCCGGCAGGCCAGCAGGGGAUCGACCGAACCGGAAGAAUAGCUGGUACCGCGGAGCCAGCUAUGGCGCUGGGCAGGGAGGAGAGCAAGAAGCCUGCACGUCGGAUGUCCACCGGGUUUGUUCCUGUUGCUCGUUUCGAUCCAAGUGCAGAAGCGGGGCAGCAGUUGGGGGUGUUUGAUUCUUCGCUGAAGAAUCCAAGUGUUGUUCGUGAGAAGCAGUCCAGUUCGUGCCUGGGAGCAGCGGAGGAGAAAGUGGGGAGGCAAAAUGUAGAUGAUUCAAGGGGAAAGAGGGGGAGGUCUGUAGGAGAGCAGGUAAACAAGCCGUUGGAAGCGGAGGGCAAGCGUGCUAGAAAGCUAGAAGAACGUGCAGAGCGCCGAGUGAAAGUGUGGAGGGGAAGUGAAGAUGAGGAGGAUGAGCGUGAGGAUGACGAGGGUGGGUCGGAUGAGCUAGAUUAUGAUGAUAAGAUUGACGACAGUGAGGCUGACAUGCAGGAGCUCGAGGGUCUGAGUAGCUGGGAACGAGCUUUGGCUAUGGCUGCGGGCACCAAGGAGAUCUUGGGUAGUGCUGCGACUGUUGUGAGAGAGAAGCAGGUGAGGGAUGAUCCCGAAGGGCAUGAGAUGGAUGUGUUGGGAAAAGAGUUUGAGAAUGAAUUGGCAUCUCCCAAAAAUGGAAAAGGAAGCCAAUCACAGAAGCAAUCACAAAGCGGGGGACUCGAACACUUUGGUAGCAAUUCUGAUGAGAAGAAGGUUUCUAAGCGUAAGACAAUGGAAGAAAAGGGAGGGAAGAACUACAAUAGGUUAAAUGACAGAGGGGAUGAGGGUGGGGGCCAGGAUAACAAUGCAGAGGCAAAAGAGGCAAAAGGUAGUCUGAAGGCAUCUGGGUCAAAACACAAGGAGUCAGCAGUUAGUGACCAUUGGACAGAUGUGAAGAGGAAGGUUGAAGAGAUUGAGGAAACUGAGGAGUGCGAGCAAUUGCAUGGAUGCGUGAAGAAAGGCGGCGUGGUUGAUGAAAAAGAUCACGAACAGUGCAAGAAGAAGUCGAAAAAAGGGAAGGCCGACAGAGGCGGCAAAGUAGUCUCUGCCGGUGAGGAGGGUUGCCAGACAGAGGGGCUGGAGGUUGCAGCGAAGGAUGGAGAAGGGGAGAGUGUUUUGCGUCACGCUGAGACAGGAGCUUGUCAGGAAGUUGGUUCAGGAGCAGAAGUGGAUUUAUUGGAUGACGAAGGACGGAGGGACAAGAAGGGGAGGGAGAAAAAGAAGGACAAGAAAGCGAAAUUCCAUAGAGUGAUCGACGGAAUCGGGUCUGCAGAGGAGUGUGGUCAUUCCGAUGUUAAUGAAGCCACGUUGUUGGGAUCUGAAAAAGUGGAAGUGAACAAGCUAGACAAUGUGCAAGAGGAAAGCAAAAAGUUUGUGGGAUUAGAGGAGGGAACCGGGGGGGGAAUGAGUGGCAAUGACAAGAACAAGCAUGCGAGUGGAACUGAAAUGAAGAAAGAAUCAGGGAAGAUUGUGACACCGAUCAGCGCUGUGGUGACGUCAGCAUGGAAGUCCCUUGUGGAUGCAGAGGGGCGGGCAUCGUUCUCCCUCAGUGCAGUAUUGGGAGGCCAGAAGCUAGUUGCUGGCAGGUCUAAGUCGUCCACUUCUCCCAUUUCCUUGGGUACCGUAGGAUGUAGCUCGGCAGGUUUGAUGGAAAAGUCUGUCGGAGAUGAUCUGGUCAAAAUGGGGAUGAAAGAAACAAGCCAAGGUGCAGAUCACGCUAAAGGUAGCAGAGGAAAAGACACAAAGAAAAGAGGCAAAGGUAAAGGUCAGGACAAAGCUGAGGGGGUUGUGACGGAGGUUGAAGAUCGAGACCCAUACGCAAGUCCCAGGAAUGUCAGUGCGGGAAAGGAGGCGAAGUAUGAAGGAGAGGAAAGAGCGGAGACUGCUCCAGGGAUGGAGGUAGCAGACAAGUGUCAACCUGGGGAAGAAAUGGGUCCGAAGCGGACGAAUGACCAGAGAGCGAAAGGGAAGGAACGCAAGUGCGAGGGAAACGGAAAAGUAGGAGAGGGUAGCAGCACGGGCAAGGGGGCCGUGACGAACGUUGUCACAGUCAAAUCGUCGUGGAACGCCCUUGUCGAUGCAGAUGGAAGGGCAUCAUUUUCCCUGGGAGCAAUUCUUGCAGAUCAAGGUCCUGCGGUCCGGAAGGAAGAGUUUGCGCAGGAGAGGCAGCAGUGGAAACCUAGGCAAGGGAGUGGCAGUAUGUACGUCAAGGAUGGGGUUGGGGUUGGAGUAGGAAGUACAUCGGCACAAAGGUGUGGAGGCGAGCCUGGGCAUAAUAGGGAUGCUGGCGGUGAGAAGCAGAUGGACGAAAAGGUUAAGAAUGGGGAAGAAGAUGACGAAAGCAAGGCGAUCUCAGAUAAGAAGAUAGGCUUACCGAAUUCGACAGUUUGCUCGUUCAUGAGGGCGCCGAAUGCAGAAGAAGAAUGGCUUGCUAGCAAAACGAAAUUGCAGGAAGAUUUUAUGAAAAAACGCAAAGCUGCUGUGAAGUUCUCAAAGGCCAUGACUGGCAAGUGGAGCAGCGAACGGGGAUUUCGCUCAUUGCGAUAAAAAAGAUAUGUACAUUGGAAUGAUGAGGGUUUUCUUUGUGCAAGGUCAAGUUGAAUUAAUUUUCUGAGAGUUGUCACAGCAGGCUUCUUUUGGGAGUGUGUUUCUGCAUGGUCUGAGGUGAAAAUGUGCAUCAGUCAAUUUUCUGGUUGUAGGUUUGGGGCUGAUGGUUGUCUCAACUUCCCUCCAAUGGACAUGUUUCUACUCACAUCCAAAAGUUUUUCUGUUUUCGUUUCCGUUAUGGGAAGCAGCUCCAUUAUGUUGCGGAGAGGCACCUGACCUUCCCAGCCACCUUUAGGAGUAAAUCUAAAUGUCAUUUUGUUGCCGUGAACAAAAUUCAUAUGUGGUACUGUCCGAAUCUCACUCAGCACACUGCCUUGUCAAUGGGACAGUCGUCUGUUUUCCGUUUCUGUUCUGUGUCAGCUUUUUAAACCUUUAUCUUUGUGUGCGUGUGUGUGUGUGGGUGGGUGGGUGGGUGGGUGGGCGGGUGUGAUGUCCGGCAUAGACAACUUCACAAGAAAGCAUGACUGUGCCAGACUGUUUUGUCAGUCUUUUCAUCGACUCAUCAGGAGGGUGAACCGGGACAGUCUGCACAGGAUGCAUCUGAUUGAUGGAUAAGGACACAACUCGUCUCCCAGAGUUAGCAAUACCCCUGAGAAAAGUGGUUGGCUUUACUCGCACCAACCCUUGAUUGUGUGUGUGUGUGUGUGUGUGUGUGUGUGAGAGAGAGAGAGAGAGAAACAUGGUGUCCCGAGAGGUGUGUGUGUGAUGCUAGCUUGUGGCAGCUAAAACAUGGUGUCCCGAGAGGAUCAUGUCAAGCCACGUGUUGGAGAUGGUGGCCUAUGAAGCUUUUCGUGCCCACUGCAUCUGUCCCAGGCAAUGGGGGAAAUUAUCAGUUUGCUGGCUAUGGAUGAAUGUCACUAGUUUAUCAGCUAUGAAGGAACAUUUUUUGUUUUCAUGAAUUCAUUAGCAAGCACAUUGAGUUCGUUAGCAAGCAAGCAGUUAGCAGCCGAGGUCACAGGAAGAAUUCUCUCUCUCUCUCUCUCUCUCUCUCUCUCUCUCUCUCUCUCUGCCCCGCUGGUGUCCUGGAGAUUGGAAGCAAUAAAUGUGGUGGAGAUGUCUCUCUCUCUCUCUCUCUCUCUCUCUCUCUCUCUCUCUCUCUCUCUCUCUCUCUCUCUCUCUCUCUCUCUCUCUCUCUCUNCUCUCUCUCUCUCUCUCUCUCUUUCUGUGUGUGUGUGUCCCCUGCUGGUGUCCUUGGAUCAAGGAGAUGGGAAGCAAUUAAUGUGGUGGAGAUGUUCUUGUGACGGUUGUUCAUCUCAUCUUCUCUCUUGGUUCCAUUGACUUGUUAGCCUCUGUGAAUCUUGCUCCUUCGUUGGAUAGGAGUCCGGGGGUUCGGUUGCAGGGCUGCCAUGGGCAGGGGUGCGGGGGUCAAACCUUGGCUCAGCCCAAGGGGAUCGGCUCCCGGGGAUCUCCGGGUGACAAAACUGGAUAGGACUCUUUGACUGUUUAACAUUGUUUCUGUUUUCGUUUCAUCAUUAUGCUGUGUUGAUUAUCCUGCUUUGGACUCGUAGACGCUUCCUUGUCUGACGAUGUUUUUUUUUCGAGAUUAUAUCAUUGUAAUUCAGAAUGAUCUGUUCCUCUGAGCUAGGCUACGCUACGGGGAUCGGCUCCCGGGGAUCUUAACAGUUCAUGGGUGUUCCAGCUGAGCUAGGCCCGUCGUCACGGUUUUGUCUUGGUUAGCCUGCUCUACUGAAUCUCCAGUUCUUUAGUCGGAGUCGUUCACUGUCUCUCCCACUGUGAAUCUUCAGCUGAGUUCCGUCUGACCCUGUCUUAAGAAAUGGUGACCGUAUUUGGGGCAGCUUUCAGUCCCGAUGCGGCCGUUACUGCACCACGUACGGAAUUUGGAAAAUGGUGACCGUAUCUUGCGCGAGAGGAGCUGCGGAUUUGCAAUUUUUAGUCUUCAUUGAUUGGGCGUGUCCUCGGCAUCGGUACAAUAUUCUCAACAAGUGUGGACGACUCUGUUAUUGUUAUUUGAAUUUUGAACAG